AUGAGCCAGUCAGAGCUGCAUGCUGACAGUAAAACACCAGACAGCAGCUCAGAGAUGGAUGUUGAACCUGAAGCAUCCGGGAUGUCAGUUGCAUUCAUUGAUCCAGAUAUGGAUGCUGAUGAUGACUCAGAUCGUGAUCCACACUAUCAGCCAGAUGGUGAUGAUCCAUCAAGCUCCGAAACUGAAGUAGCUGAAGAUGAUGCAUUGGUAUACAGGGGUGUGGAACAACGUGAGAAUGCUGACACUGGUGAAAAUAUGAACAAAACUAAACGGCACAAACGGUCAGAUCCAGAGAAAUGGCAGCAAAAUAUUUACAAGAAGAAACGGCUGACGGGGGUACAGCGUACAGGGAAAACUGGUAAAGAUAUCCCUGCUGCAAAGAUGGGUCCUCCAUGCCAAUCUAAAUUUUGCCAGAAAGCCAAAGCCCAUUACUGCCAAUUCAUAACUGAGGAGCAGCGACGGCACAUCUUCCACAAAUUUUGGUCCAUAACUUCUUGGGAAGCACGCCAAAUAUACAUUCGAACCUUAAUCUCAAAGAAAGAAAUAAAGCAGAAGAAAAAGAUACAGGGAUCAAGACGUCAAGCAUCCUAUGCUUACAAUCUACAACUUCAAGAUGGAUCAAUUCAUCAAGUCUGCAAGCCACUCUUUGCUUCUACCUUCGGUGUCCCCGAAAGAACUCUUAUGUCAUGGAUAACAGAUCGUGGUGAUAGUUCGUCAGCAGCCUCAUCAAGCGAUAGUCUGUCAGCAGCUAAAACACCAUCCAAACCUGGUCCCAAAAGUGGAAAGUGUGCAAAAGUGACUGAUGCAGAUAAUGAAUUUCUCAGAGCCUGGUUGAAGGGCCUGCCGACUGUGGACUCGCAUUAUUGCAGGAGCACACCAACGUACAAGGAGAAACAUUUCUUGUAUCCUGGGACCACAAUUGCGAACCUUCAUCGGGAAUACAAAGAGGAUGCUGAGAAAGGUGGAGCUAGAGCUGUGGAAAUUUCUUACUUCACUGAUAAAUUCCAUGAGGAAAACUUAUCUGUCUUCAUCCCCCGGAAAGAUCGGUGUGAUGUAUGUGAAUCCUUCAAAUAUGGCAACAUCAGUAAGGAUGAGUACGACAAACACAUUGAACUCAAGGAUGAAGCUCGAAAAGAGAAAGCACUUGAUAAAGAAGCUGCCAGUGCAAGUAAGUCUGUUUGGACUAUGGAUCUGCAGGCUGUUCUGUUGUGUCCGAAAACUAUGGCAUCUACCAUGUACUACAAAACAAAGCUUCAGCUACAUAACUUCACUCUAUUUAAUCUGGAUUCCAAGAAACAAGGUUACUGCUACAUCUGGAAUGAAACCGAAGGUGACUUGAAAAGUGAAGUUUUUUCAUAUCUGCAGUACCAUCACUUUGAAACUAUCAUCUUAGAGAACCCUAAUUUGCAAGAGCUUGUGAUCUGGAGUGAUGGAUGUGGCUACCAGAACAGAAACGUGAAAGUUGCCAAUGCUUAUUCUGCUCUUGCAAGAAAAUAUGGCAUCAGGAUCAUUCAGAAGUUCCUUGUCGCAGGCCACACACAAAUGGAGUGUGACUCCAUGCAUAGCACCAUUGAACGAAAAAUAGUGAAUGAUGUCUUCACAGAGCGAGAUUAUGCAGUACUCAUCCAGUGUGCUAGGAUCAGACCAACCCCAUACAUAGUCAAACAGAUGAAGCACCAAGAUUUCAUGAAGAUGGAGAAUUUAUUCUUCACCAGCAUCAGGCCUGGUAAAAAGUCAGGAGAUCCAGUGGUUCAUGCUCUGCGGGGGUUAAUGUACCUAAGUGAUGGAACAGUGAAAUUCAGGUUGUCAUUCAACAUCCACUCAACUUGGGAGGCUCUGCCACACCGGAUUCAAAACGUGGAAACGAAAUGGAUCCCACUCUAUUCUUCAAGACUGCCUAUUAAUAUACGGAAAUUCAACGACCUUCAGUCCAUGAAGACAGUUAUGCCAGCUGACUGCUAUAAUUUUUUUGAUACCUUGCCUCACGAGUAAGGAUUAUUAACAGGAUUUAGUUACUCUGUCAUAAUUGUGAACAGAUGCAGGGAAGCAAUGUUUUGAGAAUCUUUUAAUUUCUCCCUGUCUUUUCUUGUAGUUUAUUUUUUGGAAGGUCUGAAUUUCUUUUUAUGAAGGCCAUUUGUUACUAUAAGUCAUAAUUGUGAACAGAGUAAAGGAAACAAGGUUUUGAGAAGUACUUCAUUAAUUUCUCCAUAUCACUUGCAUAAGUUUAUUUUUCAGAAUGUUACUAUACAACAUAAAUCAUAAUUGUGAACAGAUGCAGGGAAACAGUGUUUUGAGAAUCUUUUAAUUAAUUUCUCCAUGUGUUUUCUUUUGGUUUAUUUUUCGGAAGGUCUGAAUUUCUUUUUAUGAAGGCAAGAAUACCUUUUUUCAGUGUUUAAGUAUUUUAUUGUGUUUAAUAAAUUUAUUGGUGCUUUGAUAAACCACAAUUAUGAAAAGCUGCUAGGAAUUAAUGUUUUUGAAAAGAUUUCAUUACUAAAUUUUGCACUUUUCCCUUAGUUUCUUCUUCAAAAGGUCUGAAUUACUUUUUCAGAAGGUCUACAUAUUUUUUUUGACUGUUUUGAACGUAUUUUUGCUUUACCAUUUUGCCUAAGUCAUAUGUAAACAAUACCAAUAAAAUUGCCUAAGACAGUUUACUUUGCUUUAUAUUAAUGAAUAACACUUUAUGCAUGAGAAAAGCAUAUCACUGUUAUUGUACAUCUAUCAAGAAGUUUUAAAAUGAUAAACACUGCACUGAUAUCAAAAUUAAGAAAAUGAGAAAGUUUUUUUCGAUUUCCCAAAAUGUUGAAGAAAUGACUUAGGCAAUUAUUUUA